AUGUCGAACCCACCUCCUCACACCACAGCUCAUCGGCAGUCUAUCGCCUUGAAAGACAAAUACCCCUCCUCACCACCUUCAACCGACCUCAACACCGGCGACAACUCCGACAAAGACCCCAACCCCUUGCCACCGAACACCACCACCAUCUCCCCCGCCCCUGACGGCGGUCCCCGCGCCUGGCUCGUCGCCGCCGCCGCCGCCGCCUUCACCUUCUUCUGCACCCUCGGCUACACCAACGCCUUUGGCGUUUUUGAGCAAUACUACCUCACCUCCCCCUUCUCCCCCCUCCACUCGUCUUCCUCCCACUCCGCCAUGUCCUCCUCCAAGAUAGCCUGGAUUGGCUCCCUGCAAACCUUCCUCACCUUUUUCACCGGCUUCUUCGCCGGUCCCCUCUUCGACCGGUAUGGCGCCGUCGCCACCGUGCGCCCCGGCGCCCUGCUCUUUGUGUUUGCCAUCAUGAUGACUAGCUUGUGCAAGCAGUAUUGGCAGCUGAUGCUUGCGCAGGGGGUUCUGGGCGGGGUCGCUAUGGGGUUGUUGAUGUUCCCUGCUAUGGCGGCAGUGGCGCAGUGGUUUGAUACAAAGAGGGCGGCGGCGUUGGGUCUGGCGGUUAGUGGGAGUUCGGUGGGGGGCGUGGUGGUUCCGAUUGCGUUGGGCAGGAUGUUGAAUGGUGGUUCUGCCGCUGGUGAUGGUUUGCAAGAAAGGGAAGGGGGGCAUCUGGGGUUCGGUUGGUCGGUCAGGAUCAUCGGGUUCAUGAUGUUGCCCCUUCUGGCGUUUGCGAGUCUGGCGAUUAAGCCGCGACUGCCGCCACGGACGACGAAUUUCUUUGUGGUGAAGGCGUUGAAGCAAAAAGACUUUGUCAUGUUGGUGUUUGCCAUCUUCUUUCUGUUUCUGGGCAUGUUGACGCCGUUGUUUUUCAUCCCGACGUAUGCCGUCUUGAGAGGGAUCGAUGCUACGCUGGCUAGUUACUUGCUGGCUAUUGUCAAUGCGGCGUCGACUUUUGGACGCAUCAUCCCCGGCGUUUUGGCUGACCGGGUAGGAAAGCUGAAUAUGCUGGCGGUGGGUGGAGUGGCGAGUGGGAUCAGCAUUCUCUGCUUCAACAAGGCGGUCUCGACGGCUGGGUUGAUCGUGUACUCGAUCUUUUAUGGGUUUUCUUCUGGAAUGAUCAUUUCGGGGGCAUCUGCCGCCUUGACAGUCUGCCCGAAAGACCCGAGAGAUCUCGGAUCAUAUAUCGGUAUGGGAAUGGCAUUAGGAGCGAUUGCUGUGCUGAUAGGACCUCCGAUCAACGGCAAGCUUAUUGAUGUGUAUGGGGGAUAUCUCGAGCUGUCCAUCUUCAGCGGCGUCAUGUGUCUUGUCGGUGGGCUGGUUGUAAUUGCAAGCAAGAUGAUGACGCCGCAGGGGAUUUUCGGAAGAAUGUAA